AUGGCCACUUGGAUACACACAGGCUCAGUUAAGAAAACCAAGAAUUCCUACCUGAAGUGCAGUCAGGUGCAUGAGGCCUGGAAAUUUAAGACGUGGGAAGAAAGAAAGCCAGAGUUCACUGCACUCAUCAAGGAUUUUAAAACUGAUCUUCAAGCUACUCACAGUUCUUCUGGCCACUGCUGGGGUGUCGUCCUCUUCCUGGAGCUUCACAUGCAAGACUCCGCCAGGAAAGACUGCGAGGGAGUCUUCAGGGAGCUAAUGGAAACCCACAGAGAAGGUAUCAGAAAUCAUCACCUGAUGAGCUGUGACCUGGCUUCAUUCCCAUACUGGAAGAUCGUGACAGAAGGAUUCUGGGAGAUAGCUCACUGCAUCUGGGAAUGUGAACAGGAAGCUGCAGGAUUCAUAAAGAGCAUGGCGAAUCUCUUGUGGAAAAUCGCACGCUGCCUCUGCACCUGGACGUGGGGCACCACCCACAACUUCCUCUACGGAAGCGAUAAGGCCCAUGUCACUGGCUUGACCAACAAAUUAAUCUACUUGAUCGAUGCCGGCCUUUGUAACAAUUCUGCCUACCCGCUGGUGCUGCGCCAAAAGAGGAAUGUGAAACUGAUCCUCUCCUUUGACUUCAGCUCGGGGGAUCCCUUUGAGACCAUCAGGAGAGCGUCCGAGUAUUGCCAGGCAAAUGGGAUCCCAUUUCCCCCGGUAGAUGACAAAAAGUUUGACAAGAAAGACCGAGACAAGCCCUCCAGUUGCUACAUCUUCAAGGGCAAGACAGGUCCCACCGUCAUGCACUUCCCGCUCUUCAACACAGAAAACUGCCCUGGAGAAAACGAGAUAGAGCAGUCCAGACAGAAGUUUGCUACCAUACAUAUGUCUUACAAAGAAAACGAUAUCAAAGAACUCCUCGCCAAAGCGAAGAAUAACGUAUCCUACAACCAGAAGACGAUUCUGGAGGAAAUCAAGAAGAUUGUGUCCUUGCCUCCCUCUAAAGAAAGACAGGAAACUUAGAGAGAAAGAGAGAGAAUGAUGAUUAUUAGGUGAAUAAAUAUAUCAUUAGUAGUUAACAGUAACAUAAACGGAUCAUCUCAAGGUCAUCCCACUUGAAGAAGUAGGUUUUGCCCAGGAAAGCUCAUGAUACUAUAUAUCUAUGUACAUGAAUUUGAUAUUCUCUAAGGUGCAACAGAACUACUUGAUAGAAAUGUAGC